CCGAAGUCGAACUGUCAAGAACACGUUGUUGGGGUGGGAAAGUUGGUUGAUUGCAAAUGUAAACAAUCGUCUUGCUCCUUCCGUACGCAGAUUUUAGCCGCAUUUUAUUGGAAUUGUGCAAAAAGUUCAUUCAAUAGAAGUUACUUGUGCUAAUUAUAUUGGUUAAGUGUCCAGCAUAAUGAGAGAUAAUACUCCACCAAGGCCGCCAUUCGACGAGGACGAUGAAUUGAUCUACGUUGGGGAUGCCGAUGAGGUUCUCAACCAGUGGGAAGAAGAGUUGAAUGAUGAAGGUGAUGAUGACGAUGUGCUUCUUGAAGAAGACGAAGCGGCUGGUUUUGCCGAUGGCGAGGACGACAUGGACGACGUGUACAUUCCGGAGCGUGACGAUGCCCUCGUAACCUUUACCAAACACACCGGUCCGAUAUUCUGCGGCGCAUUGCAUCCCAGCGAAGACCUGGCCGUAACCGGCGGAGAAGACGACAAAGCCUACGUGUGGAACAGCAAAACCGGUGAGAGCGUGUUCGAAGUUACCGGCCACACCGAUUCGGUCAUUGCCUGCGAGUUCAGCUACGAUGGUGUGUAUGUUGCCACCGGUGAUAUGGCAGGACAGAUUCAGGUUUUCAAAACUACACAGGACUACAAGAAAGUGUGGGAAUUUGCCAUGGGGGACAUGUGCUGGAUGAAAUGGCACUUUGGGUCACACGUCCUGAUGGCAGGAUCCGACACGGGAGAAAUCUAUGUGUGGAGAAUACCUUCUGGGGAUUGUAAGGUGCUGCAAGGAUUUGGAGAAAAAUGUGAAGUGGCGCGACUUUCUCACGACGGAAAACGACUAGCGGCGGGGUAUGGAAAUGGAUCGUUUAAAAUUUGGGAUAUCAAAACAAAUGCACCUACGUUGGAUAUUGCGCCGAAUGAAGCCACCAGUCACACCAGCAAUAUCACCUGCAUGUCAAUCGAUCGUGAUAGUCAAUUAAUCGUGACGGGAAGCGAGGAGGGGAAAGCCGUUGUUAUGGGACCAUCUGGUCCGGUGGGAAUGUUGCUGCCAGAUGGUGGUCCAGUAGAGGCAGUAGUAAUCGACCAUCCAGAUUUUGAAGUAAAGGUGGCAGCCACAGGGACAUUGAAUGGAAAAGUGACCAUUUGGGACGUGGCUAGGCAAACGGCCCGAGUUGAAUGUGAGGAUCCCUAUAAGACUGGUGUAACGAAACUAUUAUGGGGUAAGGACUGUACAUUGAUAGGCGGAACACUCGGUGGAGUGGUGAAGGUGUGGGAUCUGCGAAGCGGAGCGCUGAAAUUUGAUCUGCUAGGACAUAGGAACGACAUACAGGACAUUGCAUACGAUAAGCAGAAAAACAUUCUUCUUUCAACAUCCGAGGAUGCCACGGCUAAAAUUUUCCAGCUACCGUGAACUUCGGGGUCUUUAAGUAGCAAAGCAUGCUAUCCUGUAAAUUUCAUAAAACUAAUUGUUGAAAAUAAUUAUAGAAGAACAAAUAUGAAA